AUGUUCGACACGGUCUGCUCGCUCCCGCUGUCCUCGGACUUGUUCACUCAGGCUAUUCACCCCAACGAACCUGUGGUCUCCGUUGGUCUCGCCUCAGGACACGUUCAAACCUUCCGAUUGCCGACUGAAGAUACCGAAAGCCAAGAUGACUCCGCGUCCAGCUCUUCCGCCAAUGGAAAGGGCCACAUUGAUACCAUGUGGCGUACGAGACGGCACAAGGGCAGCUGUCGGAGCUUAGGAUUCGGCGUUGAUGGACAGAUGCUGUAUUCCGCUGGCACGGACGGGCUCGUCAAGAUCGCCAAGUCUGAGACUGGACAGGUCGAAAACAAGAUUGCCAUCCCACUUGACAAGAAGGGUGUUAUUGAUGCGCCAACUAUUAUCCACGCCCUCUCCCCCCAGACUCUUCUGCUCGCGACAGACUCGAGCGCUCUCCACCUCUACGACCUCCGUAUCUCCUACUCCAAGAUUUCGGCGAAACCCGAACAGUCGCAUCACCCUCACGACGACUACAUCUCUUCCUUGACUCCUCUUCCUGCCUCCGAUACAAGUACUUCCGGCUUCAGCAAGCAAUGGGUGUCAACCGGUGGAACCACUUUGGCGAUUACAGAUCUUCGCCGAGGCGUUCUUGUGCGUAGUGAAGACCAAGAGGAAGAAUUAAUCAGCUCCGCAUACAUCGGUGGCCUUCCAAGCAGUGGAACCAGCCGUGGCGAGAAGGUUCUUGUGGGUGGAUCUAACGGUGUUGUGACACUAUGGGAGAAGGGAGCUUGGGAUGAUCAAGAUGAGCGAAUCUACGUGGAGCGAAGCAGUGAUGGCGGCGAAUCCAUUGAAACGCUAGCUGUUGCUCCAGACGAGCUGGGCUAUGGUAAGCUCGUGGCGGCUGGUUUGGCGAACGGAAUGGUGAAGCUGGUGCGCAUUGGGCAAAACAAGGUUAUCUCUGAGGUUCAGCACGAUGAGACUGAGGGUGUUGUUGGACUCGGAUUUGAUGUCGAGGGCCGAAUGGUCUCUGGUGGUGGACAGAUUGUCAAGGUCUGGCAUGAGGCUGCUGCUACUGGAGGUGCUGGGGAUGAUAUGGGUGAAAAGCACAUGCUUGAUAGUGAUGACAGUGACGAUUCUGAUGAUAGUGAUCGUGAGGCCAAGCCCAGUGCGCGGGAUCGCAAGAAGCAAAAGAAGGCGAAGGGCAAGGACCGUGGACAACAUGUUAUGGCCUUUCACGAUAUGGACUGA